AUGGGAUACACAGAAAAGGAUCUACGAAAUGCUGUUGACCAAUUUCAUAGAAAUGCACUUGAAGUUGGUGAUGCCUCUCAGGUGUUGGCAUAUUUGGAUGGUCGAGCAAAUGGUGAGCCAAAUUUCUUUUACAAGUAUGCCGUUGAUGUGGAGAAGCGAUUGAUACGACUCUUUUGGACAGAUUCUCAAUCUCGUUUGGAUUACCAAUGUUUUGGUGAUGUUCUUGUCUUUGACUCUACAUACCGCACCAAUGCUUAUAGGAAGCCACUAGUAACUUUGGCCGGCAUAAAUCAUCACUAUGUUACCACAAUUUUUGGGUGUGCAUUAAUUGCUGAUGAGACUGAGGACACAUAUAAGUGGGUAUUGGAAACAUUUUUGGAGGCCAUGGAAAAAAAGGCACCUAUCUCAGUUGUUACUGAUGGGGAUGGUGCAAUGAGAAAUGCAAUAAAGGCAGUUAUUCCUUCUGCCCGUCACCGAUUAUGUGCUUGGCAUUUAAAAAGAAAUGUUGUUACCCAUACAAAUAAGGGGUUCGUUCUUGAUUUUGACGUGGCUAUGGACAUGAUUUGUAGCCAUGAAGAGUUUGAGAGAAGGUGGCAUUUGCUAGUUGAGAAACACAAUUUGAGAGAUAACCAAUGGGUUGUCGAUUUAUACAACAAAAGGGAAAAAUGGGCUGCUGCAUUUUUGAGAGGACACUUUUUUGCUGGAAUGAAAUCAACCCAAAGAUCAGAGCAAUUGCAUGCUACGGCGCACAAGUACCUUCAAUUCAAAAUGCUACUUUACCCGUUUGCUCAUCGAUUUGAGCUAUUUUUAUCAAAAGUUAGGCAGAAUGAACACAAGGAAGAAUGUAUCACAAAUAAUUUAUCUCUUGCCACAGAGUUUGAAGAUCAACAAACAGUAGCAUCUUCACAAAGGUCUUGGUUUGCAGGACUAAUGAGUGAGCUGUUGCAGAGGGCGGCGCAACCCGUAACAAAUUUCUCACUGUCUGCAUUAGUCAAAUAUGCAUACAUAUCAUGA